AUGAACAACCCUAAGAUGAAGGUGACGCUGGCUAGGAUGAACAACCCCAAGAUGAAGGUGACGCUGGCUAGGAUGUACAACCCUAAGAUGAAGGUGACGCUGGCUAGGAUGAACAACCCUAAGAUGAAGGUGACGCUGGCUAGGAUGAACAACCCCAAGAUGAAGGACUACUGGGCCGAGGUGUCGUCACUGAGGAGGGACCUUCUCUUCUGUCAAUUAGGUUCCACUCAACUCCCUCUCAGGUUCGACCUGGACCUAGAGGCUGCCUCCACUUCGCCCUCGCCUCCACUGCCAUUGCCUCCUGCACCUCUGCCACUGGUGGCCACCACUGCCUCCACCAUCACCACCAUUAAACACACACCCUCAUCAUCAUCGCCUCCACCCACCACUUUUCGCACUAGCCCUUCUCCUCCUUCUCCAGUAUCACGUAAUCAACCACCAGCUUCUCCUCCUUCACCAUCACCAAUUUCCAUCUCACGAUUAUCAGUCCAGUCUCCCCCAUCAAUAUCUGCGGCACCUUCACAGAGAUCGGCGAGUUCAGGAAUACCAGCCAUGUUGGGCGAUGCCAAGCUCGAUGUGAGGCCGCUGGAGGUGCCUUUAUCAGUGGACCUCUCACCGCGAAGUACAAGACCUCCACGUAGCCUGAAACCAGAAGUUCUGGAUGACCGGUCUUCCAGCUCAGACACUGAGCUGGAUGACCAGUCUUCCAGUUCAGACACCGAGCUGGAUGACCAGUCUUCCAGUUCAGACACCGAGCUGGAUGACCAGUCUUCCAGUUCAGACACUGAGCUGGAUGACCAGUCUUCCAGUUCAGACACUGAGCUGGAUGACCAGUCAUCCACUUCAGACACUGACGGCCACGAUGAUAAGCAGGAGUAUGUGGCUCUCCUGGAGAGACAACUACGAGACCUGAGGGCGAGGACCAAUGCUUGCAGGUCGUGUCUUCCUUCGCCACAGCGAAAGUUGGCCACCUGCGGCGGUGGCAAGGCUUGGAGAGACUUCCGCCGCAGAAGACGACUCAUUCGUCGCAAGGAACGACAGCAGAGGAGGGAAAGACGUCGUGACAAGAAGAAUAAACAGUUAAAUACAGCCAAUAACGUAACGACUUCAACAACGCCCAAGAGCACGCCAACUACGAUAUUCACUCAGGCACAGCCCGACUUGGCUGACCAGGCUUAUAGCGAUCAGAAGAUGGACAAUCAACGUGCCCGUGAAACUCACCGCAUGAGUACUGACUUCCGUCGUGGAUUCAACCAGAAAAUCUCACGAAUGGACGAGGCGCUCAUGCAGUUCACAGACACUCAGGCUUCUUUCUGUAAGGAGCUUCGUGACAACCUCGGUGGGAGGCUGGAGAAGAGGGGACAGGAGCUGGAGGCACUCUCAAACCAGAUCGCCUCACUUGUCAGGACCUCAACAGCACAGAUCACAGCUUUAGAGAAAGUCGCCUCAGAUCAGCUAUAUGCAGGACAAGUCAGUAUAGAAAAAAGCUUAGCUGUUACCCAGGCCAUUCGUGAUUCCCAGUUACGAGCAAUACAGAACUACCACAAGCAGACAUUUUUACCAGCUGCUGCUGCUGUUGCUACAGUCCUGACUGACCAGGCCUCUGCUCUCACUUCCAUGGGUGUUGAACUUAUAACUAAGGUAGAGAUGCUUCAAGACGUUUACCUGACCUACGCCACCCGGCAGGCAGACACACUGCAGAAGCUGUCGCAGGAUGUGGAAAUGUUUGCCUCCAAGCACAACAACCUGGUGAUGCGAUCCCGGGACCAUGCAAACCACCUCAACAUCAAUGCCCAGAACUUUGUCAGGGAGCUGCAAACCAGAAUGAGUAAUGUAGUCAAGGAACUAGUUCUCAUUCGCCUUCAGAGUCAGAACUUUGUGUCACUCAACAAUGACACCCACAAUGACUUCUCAAACAGCCUCAACAUGACACAGUCAGCAGUAGACACACUCUCAGAGAGUCUAAAGAAUCGACUUGAUAAUGCAACAGUACUGGAACAAGAUUUCAGGAAGAUCUUUAAGAGGGAAACCAACCACAUUAGUGACAGAGUUGAAAACGGCAUCAGCCAAGCUCUGGUCUCUAAUCAUGCAACAGUAAGCCAGAUAGAGGAGACUGAGUUGGACACUCGAGUGUUUGUGGGUUCGGCGACAGCUGCCUGGAACGAACUCUAUCUCAACCAAGAGGCUGAACUGCGUAAGGAAGCUGACUCCCUCAGCCACAGUCUUCGUACCCACACCCACCACACUCAGAAUGUGCUGACUGGCAUGCGCAGUGCUGCAGAAACUCAUGAACUGGUGCUAGAGGAACAGCGGAUGAAUUUCCAACGUUUUAUUCACAAGAGACAAGAUGCUCUGGACAACCAAUGCUCCGCCAUUACUGACUGGGCCAUGCUUAUGUCCACCGAGCUGCGCAGGAGAGACGAGGACCUUCACAGGUUUCUCAGCGAAGAUCUCCAGUACACCACAGUGACUGUGCAGGAGGACGAGGAUGGGUACCUGGUGUCAAGAUUACCUGAUGGUUCACUAUUACACCAGUCUUCCCGGUCCCACACCCACGACCACGCCCGUGCUGCCCGCCCACCGCCCAAUGUAAACUACCAGUUAGAUGAGACUGCUUAUAGCCCUGGCCUGCUCUCGUCUGUAUCACAUUCUAGUCCCAAUAAACCUCAGUUGGAGAAGACUGUGGUUGCUUAUGUAAAUAACACAGGUAACAUAUUUAGAGCAAGUAGCAGUGGUACCACAAGUGAAAACAGCAACAAUCCAUCUGAUAUCCACAGUGAUCCACUAAGUGUACAAAAUCAAAUUGAAGAAUAUGAUAUUUUUGACGAAAUACGAAAAGCUAGUGACAGUGAUAGUGUGAGAGAAAUGCAACAGUUUGGUUUUCACCAGCAUGGGAAGAUGACCAGGAACGAUGGGUCAUCUUCCCAGGAAUUUGAAAUGAGCAGGAAUACACUCAGCAGAGUGGAGGCUGAAAGAGAAAUGGAUGUGCACACUCACAGUUCUGCAUAUUCUCAGGUCAGCCAAGAAACUGCUGAUGACAGUGUUUUAGGGCCAGAAGAAAAUGUAAUACAGGAAAAUCAUAUAGUAAAAAGCAAGGAAGAUCAAACAGGUCACCAACAAGAGAACCUACAUAUACACAGAGAAGUACUAGACUCUGAUAAUAGGCAAAAUGAUGGGACUUAUAAGCCCAGAUGUACAAGUGAAAGUCAGGCUGUGCAUAAUGAAACCAGCAAAAUAGGUCAGUCAAAUAAAAAUAAACAUGGCAGAUAUGAUGAUGAUGAUGAUGACAAAGGCAUAAAGAAACUAAGGAAAAUCCUAAAAGAAGCUCAAGAAAGUAUAAAGAAGUUCCAAAUGGAUUUUGAACUUGAAGGUAUCUUUAAAAUCAGUAAUGUUUCAAGAUCACAGGAAGCAGUGGUAGCUGACCACCUGGCAGAUGUCAGUAAUAUUAAUGGAACAAGGCAUUCCAACCAUAGUAACUGUGGGUCUGUGAAUUCCUCAGAUUCAUUAAGAGGCAACACAGCUCAAGAUAAAGUCGAGGAGGAAUAUGGUACCACAGCUCACAGGCUGAGGCACCAGCAACAGAGAUAUGUUCACAGAAUGCUUAGUCAUUCCAGACUUGGAGAAAAUAUCUUUCGUAAAUACUAUAGUCAGUCCAGAAAGGGAGGACAAAACUUUGCUAGACACACUAUAUCUCCAGAUGAAGCAAUUUUUUCUAAAUCUUCAAAAACUGCUGUGCACUCCACCUCUUUCCUUAAUUCUGACUCAAACUUGCCAAUAAACAAUACAGUUUCUGGACCCUUAUCUAGGAUGUCUCCUCAAGUUAGGGAAACACAUUCAGGUAUAUCAGCAGAAAUUCACACAGACAAAGGACUUUCAGAAAAUAUACAGACAGAUUCUGCUACUGACCUUACUGAGACAGAAGCCAUUGAUCAGCUCAAAGUUUCAGGUGCUAAGGCUGACAGAGGUAUGCAUAUUAUAAAUCAAAGUGGAAAAGACAGAAAAUUUUCAAGAAAGUAAUUAAACAUUUUGCUUAUGAAUAUACAGAUAAACAUUUGGGAAUGAGUAUAGAUUAAAAAUAUAAUUCCACUUAUGUAUUCUUAUUUUUACUUUGAUUUUUAGUUAAAAGAUCAGUGCUAAAAAUAAGUAUUUAACAUUACAAAAGCAGGAUCGUUAUACCAUAUGACAUAGGGUAAUAAUACUGCUCCUGUUUUGUUAAAUAGUGGUUCUCAUAUAUGUCACAUUGUGAAAUUAUCAAGUUAAAGAUCAAUAACAUACCUUGUAAAACUAUAAUGUAAGAUAUGUCUAUCGACUAAUCUCACAGCUGAUAUACUGUAGACUCGGUUUAUAUACUCUACAUGUAUGUUUGGAAAUCUGAAGGUGUAGGGUACACUGCUCAUGCUUAUGUAUGCUUUGUGGUUCAUAAUGUGGUAUUAAUAAUUUACCUUUCUAACAUUGGUUUAUAUCAGAUUAACUGUGUACAGCUUGUUAAAUUUUAGAAAAAAUGUGUAAUACUCUUCAGAUUCAGACAGAACGAGCCUUUAGAACUCAAAGGGCAAGACAACGUAACAUUCUCCAGCAGUGCUAAAAUGGUUGUGAAGUUAGAAGUGCUGCUUCUUGCUCACCGAGGCAGUAAUGCCUCACCCAACUAAUGACAAAUAAUCAGGAUGGUGAUGAACACCAUCUUUGAUGAAAUGGUUAAUGUGAAGUUGAUCUGCAGAUGUUUAGCUUAUUUGAACUGAGUGCGUAGCGUUGUGGUCAGGACUGAAGAUGGUGACUCUCAAAUGAUUGACCGAUUUAAAAAUAAGAUAAAACUUUUGAUGACAAUUAUUUAAUAUUCAGCUCAGUUUGUUUAUAAUAAGAGAGGUUUUGUUGUUGUGUGAUUUUUGUGCAUAUCUUUGCUACAAAGCAAGUUGUCAACAAUGGCCUCAGAAGAUUUUCUCACAUUGUUUUCCAUUGUAAAUAAGUAAAUUUCCAUUGUAAAUAAGUAAAUUACCAUAUAUAAUUCUACUGUAGUUGUCAUGACUACAUACUAAUGUGUACUAUGUACAAUCUACAAAUUCAUGUGUUUUGUGAACUACACUGCCAUUGAUCCUAUUGUAACUUUACACAUGGUACAGUGGACCCCCGCAUAACGAUCACCUCCGAAUGCGACCAAUUAUGUAAGUGUAUUUAUGUAAGUGCGUUUGCACGUGUAUGUUUGGGGGUCUGAAAUGGACUAAUCUACUUCACAAUAUUCCUUAUGGGAACAAAUUCGGUCAGUACUGGCACCUGAACAUACUUCUGGAGUGAAAAAAUAUCGUUAACCGGGGGUCCACUGUAUUUCCUGCAUAUUGUGAUCACAUUGUUAGUUAUUAAUAAAAAAU